AUGGAAUUAACUAAAAAUGGAUUAACGGAGGCCUCAUCAAACGCAAGGAUAUUGCUCCUCGCGGAAAAUGUGACUGAGAAUGGUCCAGCAGCUGUGAAGAUUAAGUGGCAAUUCACAUUUCUCUACUUAGUUUCUCUUGGGACCGUCUGGGGCAACGUAUUCGUCUGUCUUGCCGUAUAUCUGGAGAGGAAGCUGCGAAAUAGAUUUAAUCUCUUCCUGGUAUCGCUAGCUAUCAGUGAUAUGCUAUGUGCUGUGUUGGUCAUGCCCAUUUCCGCCUGGAGGAUGAUAUACGGUAAGUAUUAUAGUAAGCAUAAUAUAGAAUAA